AUGGGCCCUCCGUGUGCAAAGUGCCGCAGAGAGCAGAGAGAAUGCGUCUUCAGUGAGACGCGGGCCUGGGAGAGGAAGAAAAAGCGAGCAUCGCAAUCAGAUAUCCCGUCAUCUGCGAACACACGCAGAAGAUUGUCGAGCAGCGUUCGAUCCAACGACGGGGAGCCGGAGAUUCGACGGCACGAUCCGGCCUCAGCUGGCAACGUGGAUGGGCACUCUGAAGCCAGCAUAACUCCCCACCGACCUACUGGGGAAAGCUCACACGCGCGCCAAAAGCCUGCAUCCACGCUGGAAAGUUCCAUGAUGCGCACCGUAGUUUCGAGCGGAAAUGAUGCACUCAACAUUCUCUUCGAGGCAGCUGCUCAUAGCCAAGAAGCCGACUUGGCCGAAGCGAGGAUGAACUCGGGGGAUAUAACCGACCAAGCAGCGCAAGGCGUGAAUAAUGAGAGCCCAUUCAGCCAAAUACACUCUGCAGUCUCAUCCGGUGGACUUGCCAAGUCAAUCCGGCCAGUUGAGAUCUCCCAAGCGUCCAAAGACGUGCUCAGCACCUGGGAAACAUGUCGAUUCGUGAUGAUGGGUUGGUUUACCCCUAGAGAAGCCGUUACACUCGUGGAUCUCUUCUACAAAAACAUGUCCUCACUGUCACCGAUUUUGACAGACUUCUAUGCCGACCACCAGAAUCAUCGCGAAUUGAUCACCUGUGAUCCCGUUCUGUGCUGCACUAUUCUUAUGCUUUCCUCACGAUACCAUAUCUUACCCGGGCCAGGCGGCGAGUCUAGAAACUUCUUCAUCCACCAUCGUCUCUGGCAGCAUUGCCAACAGCUAGUCACAAGGCUUAUGUUCGGCCAAGAGAGGACUUCCAACUCAAAACUGCGAAGAAUCGGCACAAUUGAGGCUCUUCUACUGAUGUCGGAAUGGCACCCACGGUCUCUUCAUUUUCCCCCAGAAAGUGAUGGCUGGGAUUUCGACCUAGUCAUAAAACCCCCCCAGCCGAGGGACGAGGAGGGCUCAACGAGAAAUCGGCUCCUAGAAGACAUGGUCGAACCGGCGAAGAGAUCCGACCAAAUGUCGUGGAUGCUGCUUGGAGCUGCGCUAUCCCUCUCGCACGAGUUGGAAAUCUACGAGGUUAACGACGAUAAGCGAAGCUGGCUCUCUGCCUAUGAAGGAUGUAUACCCGGCGACCAGAUCAAGCUUCGACAGCAGCGUGUUCAGCGGCUGCUCUACGUCUAUAUCAACCAGCUCGCAUGGCGAAUAGGGUGUGUAUCGCUCAUGCCACAGAGCUUAAACCAUACCAUCUUGAACCGACAAACGUCUCGAAACCUGAAACACUAUAACGAUCAAUGGCUAGCAUUUAUGGAUUCUUGGAUGGAUCUCACAAAGCUGGCUAAAUCGGUCACGGAUAUGUUCUUCCCAUCUGCGGAAUUUGCCCGGCAACAGUUACGUAGUGGUCGGUAUAUUGACAUGCUUGACCACUUCCGACCUCUGCUACUCAAAUGGGAGGAAGAGCAUCUUCGGCCGGAAGUACUCAACAAGCGUUUCUAUAACGACCUAUUCAUCGAAUACCACUUCGUUCGAGCCUACACUCAUUCGAUUGGUAUGCAAGCGGUCGUGGAACGAGUCAUUGCUGAUAGUAACCCCGACGUCGAAAUCCGAGCAGCGAACAUUGACCAGGUUGACUAUGAAUACAUACAGGAAGUCAUCGACGGAUGUUGCCAGGUCCUACAAAAGGCAAGCGAACUGGGCGAAGCCGGCGCCCUAAGGUUCUGCCCAGUCCGCAUUUUCCUUCGAAUUACGACGUCCUCCAUCUUUUUGAUGAAGGCCCUGAGCAUUGGGACACGUCAUGCUAAGCUGCGAGAGUCACUGGAUACCAUUGAGCGCUGUAUACAAGCACUAAAGUCCAAUGCCCUUGAUGAUAUCCAUUUAAGCGCCCGUUAUGCCGCUCUGCUGGAGACACAUGUGUCGCGCCUGCGACGCAAUUUGCUCGCGUCCAAGAUUACAAGAGGCGCUCAUGGGUGUACGGCCCACUUUUCACUGGCGCCUUUGCAGGAUACCGACACAGAAGACAGCACGCCAAUGGGCGUUCCCGCCGGGCAAACAAUCCCUGAAUUGGGAUUCAUUCCAACAUUCAACGAUCUGGCCGCCGACGAUUGGCUUUCUUUGCCUUUCGACCCUUCCAUGGCGCCGUUCGGCAUGAGUGGUGGGGGACCUUUUCCAGCGUAUGAAGGUGGUGCACUGAACUUUAUUUGGAACCUGCCUUCGUGA